AUGGAAACUGUUUCGGAUCCUCCAACUUUCGAGCAAUUAGUUAACUUACAGGCAAAUCGGGCCCAAUCCCUUAAAUCGACGCUUCUGAAUUUUAAAAAGGAUUCACAAUCGAGGAAAACGAGAAUUUAUUUAAAGAAGCGGUUGCAACAAGUGGAAGAGCUAAGGAGCGCGUUCCAGGAGACUGAUGCCGUGAUCGUGAAUCUAGAAGGGUUUGCGGAAUCGAGCUAUGCCGUGAAAAAUUUCCAGUCGGAGUUCGAGGAGCGUUAUAUGGACGCCUAUUGUGCCAUCGCAGAGGAUUUGGAUAGACUUGAAGCCGAGACUCCUAAGCUGCAGCCACUGCCAAGUGGAGCCGCUGAUCCGGAGGUGCGACUGAACAUGCCACAGAUGUCAGUUCCCAAGUUUUCCGGUGCGUGUGUGGACUGGCCAGGCUACUAUGACGCUUUCACGAGCCUCAUACAUAACAACAAUAAUUUGAGUAACGUACAGCGGUUACAUUUUCUGAAGGAAUCGUUGCCGGUAGGGCGCGAUAAUGACAUCCGUCAAAUGCAGCUCACGGAGACGAACUACGCCGUGGCAUGGGGAAUGAUGAUUAAAAGGUACAACAAUCCUCGUCUAGUGUUUUCCCACCACAUGAACGCGAUAUACGCGUUGCCCAGGCUACAAAAGGAUAAUACGGAUUCCAUACGGUCGAUGCUGAGCACGGUCAAUGUUUGCCUGGCUGCAUUCCGCCGCGUCCAAGCCUUGGACGGGGAACGGCAGCACUGGUUGGCGCAUUACAUAGCAGCGAAGUUGCCCAAGGAGACCCACAACGCUUGGGAGCACCACCAAGGGAGCGGUGCCACCGUUCCCACUUAUAAGGAUUUAGAAUCGUUUUUGAAUGAUCGGCUGGUCAUAAUGGAUGCGAUCGAGAACCGAAGCUCGUCGUACGACUCCAAUAAUGGCCCAGGAUCUGCCGACCCAGGCAAGAGAGUGCGAGUGCAUAAUGCACAGGAGCACUCAAGGCGCCCGAAUAGCCUCUGUUAUCACUGUAGCGGUGACCAUAUCCUGCGUCGUUGUGCCGCCUUUCUGGCCUUGGACUGCUAUAAGAGGAAGGACAUAGUCACCAGGGCGAAAUUAUGUAUUAAUUGUCUGAGUAAAGCACAUGCGCUUUCCCGCUGUACUAGCAAUAAGAGCUGCCAAAUUUGUGGCCAGCGCCAUCAUACGCUGUUGCAUUUCCCAGCAUUGGCUCAGGACCGAUCGUCAAGCCACACACCGCUGCAUCCAGUUCGGUCUGCCGCGACGCAUCCUGAUGCAGCUGGGGAGACCGUACCUCAGCAGGGCCUACAGUCAACGUCGGGCCAGAAUCCGGACGCAUCUUACAGAUGCUAUUCAGCAACUUCGGCGAAUGGAUCCUCCCGAAAUGUGCUCCUCGCCACUGCUCGUAUUGCCGUACGAAACCCGGUCAACGGGCUACGAGCGGUCAUAAAUGCUCUCAUCGAUCAAGGAUCUGAGGCAACCAUAGUUUCGGAGCACGUCGUACAGUCCCUGCAUCUGAGACGCCUUAGCUUCACGCCGCAGCGUUGGAAUCAUAUUCGAGGGCUCCCUCUGGCGGAUCCGAGCUACGCCCGGUCGAAGAGAGUCGAUCUCAUCUUAGGAGCGGACAUGUUGGCGCAAAUCAUGCUGCCAGACACCAGGAUUGGAUUGCCCGGCGACGCUUCGGAUGGAUUCUAUCGGGACGUGCCGAAGGAGUAA